AUGGCAGUUCAACUACUUCUUAUGCUUUUUCUAUUCUUUCCUCAAACAGUGUUCAUCAAAACGCUCAACUAUGCGCGGCGUUUAUCAAGGUUUAAAAAUCGUGAAACCAUCAAAGCUGUUCGUGCUAUAUUUUCUCAAAAACCUCUGCACAAAUUUGAAGUAGCACAAAUUGUCAAUCUCUGUCCUGAAUCAGCUGAAGAAGCAAAGGCCUUGAUCCCUUCACUUGAGAACAAAUUGGAAGACGAUGACCUCGACGAGAUUUUGAGAGAUCUUCACAGUCGACGUUCUUCCGAAAUCACCACCUUACCACCUGUUAACCUCCUUUUCCGUUUGCCGCCGGAAUACCCAAAUAUAUCACUCGUUAAACACCGUCUUGAAGAGGUCUGUGCCGAAAAUAGUGGAAUGAGCGUUCUUUAUUUCUGUUGCGAAGAAGUAAUAGACAUCGUGGAAAAGACUGUUAGUGAAAUGACGGAAAUCUGUUUAGAUAAUACACCUUACGCCGAAAAACAUAACCUAAAUAACUUGGAGUUAUUUCAUCAAAUAAUUGAUUCUAGUGAAAAAUCCGAAGAUCUUCAUUUCGAAUCG